AUGUAUUCUAAUGCUACGGUUAGUGAGUUUUCUGUUAGUAGCACUUUGGUAAACACAUGUGCAAAUGUCGAAGAAAAUGACAAAGAAUUAACUAACAUUGAUAACACACCAUUCGUUAGAAACAUAUUAGGUUCUGAGUUCAAGAACUAUAGUGGUGACUUGCUUUUAAUUACCUCUCCAAUUGAGAUUAAGAAUCAUUUUGCUAUUUAUAAACACAAAUGUGAGAUAUUUUCUGAUGGAACUUGUAGAAAAAGAGUUUUAAAAUGUAAUAGGGGUGGAAGAUAUAAUGAACAGCUCUUGAGGCCAACAUUAGGCAAACAAAAAAACAAGGAGAGCAAAAAACAAGGAUUGACAUUGCUUAAUACUGAACACAAUCAUCAAAUUGAUAUUAAAACUAUAAAGUUCACUACGGCUUACAAAAGUUUUUCUCAGGAAAUUAUGGAACAAAUCAAAUAUUAUGUUAUACAUGGUCGGUGUGAUGCAACAAUGAUUAGGAAUCUUUUUCAACCCAAGUAUCUAGAUUAUAUCUUUCUUACUCAAGAUCUUAGGAAUAUCAUUCAAAAGAUAAAAAGAGAACAUCGAAUAAACUUAGGUGAUAUGGCAUCUUUAUUAACAAAACUGUUAGAGUUCCAAGCUAAUGAUUCACAGUGGUUUGUAAAGUCAUUAAUCGAUGAUACAAGUAGUCGGUUAAUUGAAGCCUGUGAAAUUCCUUCAUUAACUUUCGUUACAGAUGUAGAUCCUGCCAUAAUUGCCACUAUUUCUAUUGUAUUUCCUAAAACUCGCCAUAUGCAAUGUUUAUAUCAUCUUUAUCAAAAUCUUUCAAAAAAUCUUCGAUUAUGCUUAGUCACACUUUAUCAAGAUUUUCUCAAAGAUUUUAAAAACAUUCAGCAUUCUUAUUGUGAAGAUGUAAAAUGUUUUACAUCUCGAUGUUUCACAGCAGAAACACAAUCUACUCAACAUGUAGAAUCAGAAAAUGCAUUAAUUCAAAAGGUUAUACAAUCAAAUUAUUCUCUCUUGGAAGUUCAGGAAGCUUUAGAAAAUCGACUUGAAUUUGAGUUGAUUAAUAAUCAUUACUCAAUUUGGAAAACAUCAACAAUUCAAUAUAUACAAUCAUUCGUUAUACAAACAUUUUUUACUGAAUUUACCCAAAAAUAUACUAUAACUGAUCUUUCAGAAAAAUGGUAUAAAAAAAUAUUAAAAAAUCAAUUAAAAUAUGGUGCUUUAAUGAGUGAAGCAAAAAAGACAAUUUAUUAUGCAUUACAGAAUGAAGAUAAUGAAUUAAUGCAAUUUAUAAAAGAAUUCAAUAAACGAAAAGAAAAUUAA